GAGGAGGAGGGGAGAGAAGGGGAGAGGUAUAUGUGUCAGUCUGUAUCAGUGGAACUACCAUUGGUGUAAGGAGAGGAAGGCGUUGUGGAGUUUGGUGGAACGUGGAAGGAAAUCAGAGUAGAAGUAGUGGUAGUAUAUCCUGUGGUGUUAGUUAUUAAUCAAGAGGGUUGAAGCAGCAGUGUUCUGGCCGCCAUGAGGACUGCUACCGCUUGCCUGUUUAUCGUGGGCGCCCUGCUGGCAGAGGCACCGAGAUGGGCAGCAGGGGACUCGCUGCGCUGCUACACUUGCAGCACGAGUGAAAAUGAUGAGACGUGCCUCCACGACCCUGACGGUGUUACCAGCAACGCGCCAAUCACCAACUGCGAGAUGGAGGGGACGGUGUGUUGCAUGAUCCGCCGCGUCAACUACGCCGAGGACGAGACCAAGCUACACUCGUUCGCCAGGAUGUGUGUUGACAACUGCGCGAAGGAUGGUUUCCAGGAGUACCCUGACCCCACCUUCAUCACCUACGAGACUAUCUGUAGCACCCCGGAGUGUAACGUGGGCCCAGGAGACGAGCCACUGUCGGGCCAAGGUCCGACUGAGGCCAAGGACAACGAGAUCUGGGGAAUAAAAGGAGACCGUUCGGGUGCAGGAUCCCUCAAAAUAUCCUUCACAUUCCUGACAGUCCUGCCCGCCCUCCUCCUCCUCCUCAGACAACAGAACUAGAAGACUCUGCUC